CAAGAAGAAGACACAUUGUGAUGGAACGUAAACGGGUGGCGAUUAUUGGUGCUGGUGUGAGCGGACUGGCAGCCGUUAAAGCAUGUUUGGAGGAGGGGCUUGAACCCACAUGUUUCGAGCAGAGUGAAGAGAUUGGUGGUUUAUGGCACUAUACUGAUGACGGCAGACAGAAACAGGGAGCCAGUAUGUACAAGUCGCUCAUCUCUAAUGUCAGCAGGGAGAUGUCAUGUUUCAGUGACUUCCCCUUCGACAAACACACGCCCCCUUACCCAUCCCACACCCAGUUCCACCAAUACCUACAGCAGUAUUGUAACAGAUUUGAUCUGAGGAAGUACAUCACUUUCAACACUCAGGUCGUCAAGGUGCAGCGAGCAGAAGGAUCCGUGGAAGGAGAAUGGGUCGUACACACGGCAGACGCAGGCACAGAUGGGACAGAAUCACGUCAACACAUGUUCCACGCCAUCAUGGUUUGUUCUGGGACUUACCACCAACCACACAUGCCAUCGUUUGCUGGUCUAGAAAACUACCAGGGUACUGUGACCCACAGCCAGAGCUACAGGACUCCUGACAGGUUUCGAGGAAAGACUGUGGUAGUCAUUGGUGCCGGCAACUCGGCUGGAGAUAUUGCUGCAGAGGUGGGACUGACUGCUUCAAAGGUUUACUUGAGUAUGCGGGACGGAGUCUGGAUCUUUCCACGUUUAACACGUAGCGCCAGACCCCUGGAUCUAUCAAUCAGUCGGGCCCUGUUGAAUGUCCCUGAAUUUGUAACGAGGAACUACCUCAAGAUGCUAUCCAGAUCUCACAUCAACCAAGUAAACUAUGGGCUAGAUCGCACAAAGGACCCUUUCACACAUGGCUUCAUGGUCAAUGAUGAGAUAGCCUUUCGCUUGGCUUCGGGAAAGGUUUUAGCCAAGCCUGACAUUGCAGAAUUCACCAGAACUGGGGUAAAGUUUGUUGAUGGCAGCAAUGUUGAUGCAGAUGAAGUCAUCUUUGCCACAGGAUAUGACGUUUCUUUCCCAUUCCUGGAUAGUGAUAUCCAUCCAAGUAGUCUUCAAGACCAGGAGCUGUACAAGCUUGUCUUCCCCGUUCACAUGAAGAAACACACCUUGGCAGUGAUUGGUGAGAUUCGAAACCGUGGAGGUGCAUCACCAGUGGUGGAGCUCCAGGCACGGUGGGCUGCACAAGUCUUCCAGGGCAUCACACAGCUCCCUGAUCAUCACACCAUGUUGGAACAUGUCAGACGGGAUCGGCAAUACAGAGACAGCAGGUUUGGGCCAAACAAACUACCGGUGGUAGACUUGAGGUACACAGAUGAUAUUGCCCGUGACAUCGGAGUGAAGCCAAGUUUCUGGCGCCUUGUCUUCCGGGAUCCCAGCCUGGCUUUCCUGACAUAUUUUGGACCCGCCUUCCCCGUCCACUACAGACUGGAGGGUCGCCACUCAUGGUCCGGGGCUGCUGAAUAUGCAAAAACAGCCUUGUUCAAUACAUACUCUGCCACACGUGCAGGGAGGGUUCAGACAAGGUCAUCCUCGCAGCUCAAGGUCAACAGUCUGAUAACGGUUCUUCUGGUGUGUCUGAUGGUGGCAGUACUUGCAGUGAUUGUCAUGAUAAAGAUUUAGGUAAUUUGAUCCAUUUGCUAGUAGACAUCUCAACCCUGUCUGUUGACUUUCUUAUGAUGACACACAACCCCCCCCCCCACCAACACGCACACACACAAACACAAAAACACACAUACAGACACGUACACACAGACAUACAGAUGCAGGUACAGACACCCACCCACUGACACACAGGAACAUAAUUAUGCAUAAGUUUCCAAUGUUUAUGCAUAAUUAUGCUUAAGGUUCCAUCAUAUAUAUAUAUAUAUAUAUAUGCAUAACUAUGCUUGUUCCAAGGGUAUAAAGAUUCCAAGGAUUAUGCAUAAUUAUGUAUAACCAUUGGAAACGUACGCAUAAAUAUGCAUAAAUCUGGAACCUUAUGCAUAAUUAUGUAAAUUAUGUACAGUUAUGCCAAUUUAGACUAAUCCUGGGGGUCGUUAAUGGCUGCUACGUAUUUCUUACAUCAUAUUUACUUACAGGUUAUGAUAUCAGCGAUAGGACGUUAAAUAAAGACCGUGCCAUAAUGAUCAACAUAAUGAUUGUGGGCACUAAAGGAAGAAAGAAAGGUAACGCUUUGACCAGUUCGUCAUACUGUGGUACCUUGUACAUGUAGGUAAUCUGCCUUCUCCGAACAAGCGGCCCUUUUCAGUGCUAACUCAACUACUCCAAAAAGGACCAUAUCUCUCACAGAACGCCAGCGAAAUAAACUACGUCUCAAAA